AUGUAUGAUCUUGAUCUCCUACCACAUGAUCCGGGAACUAGGAGGCCAAUUACAUCAUAUCCUCCUAAUGAUCAAGAGGCCGUGAGAAGAGGAUACAUUACUAAAAAGCCUUGUCGACCAAGGACACAUGAUUUUCCUCAAAGGGAAAUAGGAGAUAAAACUAGUUAUCCGGGGGGUGAUUCUUUUGUCAAUGGAGGAUUUAGGAGUUGGAAUAAACCCGAUAGGUUUGAGAAGCAUAUUGGAGGUAUUAAUAGUGCCCAUAACCAAGCUCAAGAGAAGUAUCGCCUUUUCACUAACCCAAAAGCAUCAAUUAAUGAAUCUUUGAACCACCAAAGUGCCGAAGCCACGGCACUUUAUAAAGCCCGUUUAACUUACUCACUUAAGUGUUUGAGGUUUCUUUUGCAACAAGGUUUGGCUUUUCGUGGACAUGAUGAGAGUGAAGUAUCAAGUAAUAAAGGAAACUUUCUUGAGCUUUUAACAUGGCUUGCUAAAAAUAAUAAAGAUGCUAUAGAUGUUGUGAUGAAAAAUGCUCCUGGAAAUAAUCAAAUGAUUGCACCUUCGAUUCAAAAGGAACUUAUUAAUUCUUGUGCCAAAAAAACUACUAAGCUCAUUCUUGAAGAUGUUGGUGUAGACUACUUUGGGAUCUUAGCUGAUGAGUCUAGUGACAUUUCUCAAAAAGAACAAUUAGGCCUUUGUUUGCGUUAUGUGAAUAAAAAAGGGAGUGUGUGUGAACGCUUUUUUGGUAUUGUUCAUGUUGAAGAUACUAGUGCUAUGUCACUUAAAAAAGCAAUCGAGUCUUUACUUAUAGACUAUUCGUUGAGUUUGUCUAAAGUUCGUGGUCAAGGUUAUGAUGGAGCGAGUAAUAUGAGAGGUGAGAUAAAUGGACUUAAAACUUUGAUUAUGAAUGAAACUCCUUCUGCUUACUACGUUCAUUGUUUUGCCCAUCAACUUCAAUUGACUCUUGUUGCUGUUGCUAAAGAUAAUGGUGAUUGUAUUUGGCUUUUUGAACAACUUGGAUAUUUGUUGAAUGUUAUUGGAGUUUCUUGUAAGUGUAGAGAAAUGCUUCGAGUAAUUCAAGCUCAAGAAGUUGUGGAAGCAUUAAAUUUGGGAGAAAUUGAGAGUGGGCAAUAUUAUUAUAGUAUAUUUCAAGAUGAAUCCAAACGAGAGAGUAUAUCAUUUGGGUAUAAUAAAGAGGACAAUUUUGUGCUCAAUAUCUAUCUUUGGUUUGGCAAAAUCUGA